AUCACUAAAACAAAUCGAAAAAGAAGAUAAAAUGAUGUGAAAUAUUCUCACAAAGCACUUACUCUGAAGUUUUGAAUCAAGUUCAUACAAGACUAGGCAAUAAUGGCGGAUGAGGUGAUCCUUCUAGAUUUCUGGCCGAGCCCGUUCGGUGUGAGAGCAAGGAUCGCACUUAGGGAGAAAGGAGUCGAGUUUGAGUAUAGAGAAGAGAAUCUGAGGAACAAGAGUCCCCUGCUUCUCCAGAUGAAUCCGGUUCACAAGAAGAUUCCGGUUCUCAUCCAUAACGGUAAACCGGUUUGCGAAUCCAUGAACGUGGUACAGUACAUCGACGAGGCCUGGUCCGACAAAAACCCCUUCCUCCCUUCCGAUCCUUACCAGAGAGCUCAAGCCAGAUUCUGGGUCCAUUUCAUUGACACCAAGUUGUACGAGCCAGCGGAUAAGAUCUGGUCUACAAAGGGCGAGGAACAAGAGACAGCCAAGAAAGAGUAUAUCAAAGCACUCAAGGUUCUUGAAUCUGAGCUUGGAGACAAACCUUACUUUGGUGGAGAUAACUUCGGAUUCGUAGAUAUUGCCAUGACUGGAUAUUACAGCUGGUUCGAAGCAUCUGAGAAAUGCGGUAACUUCAGCAUCGAACCAGAGUGUCCGACACUGAUGGCUUCGGCCAAGAGGUGUUUGCAGAGAGAAAGCGUGGUUAACUCUCUCCAUGACCCUGAGGAGAUCGUUGCCUUUGCCUUUAAGAUUAGGAAGAUCUAUUGUGUAUGAAUCUUCUUUUCACCUUUGGGUUGCUAGUUGAUUCCAUCUCACGUGAUGU